AUAUUAAUUCAUUAAGAUUAUGAAUGCCUAAUCGUCCACCAUUAGUUCAGUGAAGUGAUUAUUUUUCAAUAAUUUUACUUUAAAAUCGACAUUAUUCAAGGAUAGGAGCUACGGUAAAGCUGCAACGUGUAAUUUUCAUUCAUUUUUGGAACUUAUUUUGGCGCACGGACACGCAAAAAGGGUCAUUUGGGGCUUAAAUUCGGACGCAUGAUAUUCAACAAUGGCGGUAUCACCGACGGCGUUUCCUUCCAGACCUUUGCCAGUCUACCCUACACUUCCACCAGCAUUCCUGCAUCCGUAUUUCCCGGCGACGACAGCGGAAUUUAGCCUUACUCAUGCUGCGGUACAGAGUUUAACGCUUCCUUACACAGUUCCAUUAAACAGUCUUUACUUCACCACAAGACAUGCUCACAUAGCCCAGUUACAGCACCUCCAGUACUCCAGUUAUAGUAAUGGACUCGAAACCUCACCUGAACGUUACAGGAAUUCAUCCAUGCCAAGUUCACCCUGCUCGCCACACUCAGAUUGUAACCAGAGUUCAGUGCUCGACUCCUCGUCCGAGUCCGUCUGCAGUCCGAAACCAGAAAAAUCCGAAGGAAAAAAGCCUCGUUUUGAUUUUGCGCACCUCGCCGAAGCAGUCUCGCGGGAUUUGGAAGAAGACGACGAGCACAGAUCACGAGAUGCUCAAAUUGUUAGUCAUGUGACGUCAUUUAUCCAGGAGAGAAUCAGAUUGAACGCCAUGUUAACUGCCAUGUCAGCUCCAUACAGUAGAUUGCAACAUUGUACCCAGUUAUCUGCAGACACUUCGAAACCUAGACGACCAAAAAGGGCAAAGAAACAGUUCAUCUGCAAGUAUUGUGGUCGUCAUUUUACAAAGAGUUACAAUCUUCUCAUUCACGAGCGCACACACACGGACGAACGACCAUUUCCCUGUGAUAUAUGUGGCAAGGCUUUCAGACGUCAAGACCAUCUUAGAGAUCAUAGAUACAUUCAUUCAAAGACAAAACCGUUCACGUGUUCGGUAUGUGGGAAGGGAUUUUGUCAGUCACGGACUCUACAAGUUCACAGAGCGACCCAUGACCAUCCAAAGCACGGCCUUGCCAUGCACAGUGCCAAACUUGAACCUCAGAGUUCCUGAAAAUUCCGUGAAUACAGGAAGACAAUUCAUUAAGACCAUUUCCGUCAAACUUCGGAUAUUUCCGUCAAACUUCGGAAUAGGUUUACAUACAAUCAGCACGAUGUCCACCGAAUGUUACCUUAUCAUUCAUUACAUGUGUUUAAGGACAAUCACUUUGUGACGAAUCUCCCAGCCAAUGUUUUACAAAAUGAAAAAACAUAUUGUUAUAUUUAAGACUAUUUACAUUUUUUUAUAUAAACAUGCAUAGUGAAAUGAAGCAGUGUAAUGCAGUGUAACAGACCUUUAGUCCCAAAUUUGACAUAAUAGCACUAAAAGUGUUUUAGAACUAAAGACUUACUUCCAUGCAACGAUGUUAUUCCGUCAACAAGGGAAUUUAUAUUUUGUUAUUGUUUAUAUUUGUUGAUAUUUGUUACUUGUGUGUACAUAUGUGUACUUUUUAUAUAUCAAUUUAUUUACUUUUAUACUUAAUAAAUUAUUAAACCUUCUAAUAA